ACCUUGUCUCGCAAACAAGCGCUGGAGGCGAUGCUGACGGAAGACGAUGACGCCGGGCUCUAUGAGAGCCUUCAGCCAGAUGACGGGGGCACGCAGAGGGCCGGACUCCCUUGCAUCCACUCCUUGAGCGACCUCAGACGACAUCUGCCGGGCAUGAUGCUCAACGCCUUUGAAGGUGCCAGCCAUGAUCUGCGCGACGCCGCUCAGAAAAAGCUGCAGACUCUGGUGGAUGCGGCAAACGAGGGCAAGACGGUGGGCCGGAUCAAAGGCGUCAAAGAGUACCUGGCCCUCUGCUGCAAGAAUCUGAGGUACGAGCAUUCGCAUAGACCAGCCCAGCGUGGAUGCCCGUCUGCCCGUCACCCUGGUUCUGUGUGCGGUUGUGCAGGUGUGAUGAUAUCGCGAAGGCUGUUGCGUCCGUGGAUUGGAGGGGAUAUGAUAGGGCAUAUCUAUGGGAUGCCGCCUUCGGACACUUCUACCUCAGUGGCAAGAAGGUCAAGUAUGCGCAGGAGCGAAAGUGGCACACGACAAAGGAUGUCUGGCGUCCCCAUCAGAUGGUAUGCCGACCUUAACAAGGCGACACCACACCACACGAUGGGUGCCUCUGGUAUGUCUGGUGACGGUGCAGGCUGAGCUGGCGGAACUCGUGGAGGAAGAGGGCAAGAAGAAGAACGACGACCGCCUCGCACAGCCAUUUCGUGGCCUGCAGGAGCGCUUCACCUUCGACGGUCCUGACCUGCGUGCGAGGCUCGCUGACCUGUGUGACUCACGUGACGCGCUACUGAAGCCGUGUGAAGAGCAGGGUAAGCAUCCAUGCGACGGCACUCGUGUCUGCUCGUGAGGGAUGUCCAAGUCCGCUGCAUUUGUGUGUGAAUGUCUUCAGGUCGUGCGACGGCGAAGCGUCGAAUCUGUGAUUUGAUUGUGGUCGCUGCCAUCGUCCUGGGCACGGGGGCGCUACCUCUGGGCCUCGAUCCGUAUGACGAGCAGCUAUCCGAAUGGGCCGCACACUUCCUCACGGCAUUCGCCCAGCAGCCCCUCCACAAUGCUGCAGACACCCCCGUCGCUUGUGGCAGUGCAGACGUCCACAUGCCGUCCGCCGAGACCUCUGAUGCCAAGCGGUCACGGGAAGCUGACAAGACCAGUGAGGGAGGCCGCCCGAAGAGACGGAAGGCGCGAGAGGCCUCGUACCCUGUCGAGGUGCGGAUGACGGACAGACCAUCAGAGUUCUUCCCUCUCGGAUCACUUUCCUCCUCGCACAGGACCUCGACGAUGAGAUCGGUGACCCCGACUUCGAAGAAGAGAGUGGCGGUGAGGGAUCAGGAGAUGAGGGGACGCUUGGCGGUGAGGGCUUCAACACACACAAGCCCACCUGGGUCAUGUCACAUGUAUCAGCCCAACUCUCUUUUCUCUGUCUGUGGUAUGUUUACAGGGCAUGAGUCAGGCACUGACCCAACAGCGAUUCCACACAAACUCCGAGCUGCACUCUACGGUACGAAGUGAAUGCAUGCGCAAGGUUUCAUGAAUGUACAUGUAUGUGUGUGUGUGUGUAUGUGUGUGUGUGUGUGUGUGUGCGUCGCUUCUCGGUGCGUGUAGACAUGUGGAUCAUGCACAUGAUAGCGGUGACUCCGGGAGAUUUCGAUAAGCGCGCGGCAGACUAUACGAUCCAGACACAUCUUCCUCACUUCAAGCACAAGACCAUCCGUGGCUAGCAGCACAGCGCCUUUGAAGACGGUACCCACCGACACCGGCCCUUCCAUCAAAGGUCCCACACAGCACACCUACGCUCACUUCAAGUCGUCUCGCUAUCGUUCAGGCGUGACCAAAUACGCGGGGGCCACACUGCACCAGCUGGGGUUCAAGCGUCGGGCUCAUGGGUGGAUAUGGUCGAACACCCUCGUGGUCUUCCCGGAGGAUUCUGGCAAGCUCACCAGCCUUGCUGGAGGAGAUGGACAUCCGGUGACGUCUGAUAUGGCAACAGGUCAGUGGUCACCCCUUGUCUGUACAGUGAUCGCAUACUCAGCUGUGUCGUUGCGAUUCACCUGUUUCAGGUGAUGUGUCAUUCGUGCGGUCAGACGGCCGCAACUGGGAGCUGCACGGUCGCCCGUGUCUGGUGGCAGUUGUGGAAACGCAGCACUGCGCGGAGGUGGUGUGUCGCAUGCAGAUCUUUACCGUCGUCGUUGCAAGUGAGCUGACGCCCCUCAUGCAUUAAGGAGUGAUUGGUUGAAUGUUUGUGUGUGGAUGACAUUCAGCAAGUGGCACAGCCAGCUGGGCUGUGAUUGAUCUUCUCAGGAAAGUGGCCCGCAAAGCUCAGCUCGUGGUGAGUGCAAUCGAGCAGAUGGAUGACAGCGGUAGAGUGCCCUUUCUGGCCUCCUUGUGUGUAGGUGUUCCAUUUUGGGGACCGGAACAAGGAGGGCAUCGAUAUCGCGGCGAGGAUCGCUGCUGAGCUGGCGGAUCUGCACGUACCCUUCUUCUGGCUGGGGAUCACUCGCAAACAGGCCGAGUCUCCGUGGCGCAUAGUAGGCACGACAAGCAGAUGGUAUACGCUGUGUGUAUGUGCAUUGCAUCUGUGUGCAGAAGCGUCGGCUGGUCAAUUCGCCGCUCAGCGAAAGGGACAGAAAGGCGAUCGAGAGCCGGCUGAAGAAACGUGCCGGUCCAGUGGCUGAGAACAUGAGUGUCAUCACGAGGCGAAAGCUUCAGCAAGAGGACACUCAGGUCAGGGCAGAGUUGAGAUGUAGAGGUGUUUCCCACGUGGCUGAGUGAACAUCGCUUGUCAGGUGUGGCCAUUCUUGGCACACCAAUUGCAGGGCAUGCUGGACUCAGGCGAGAAGACGAAGCUGAAUGUAAGCCAUUCUGUCGCGAUCACGACACAGACAGGCAACAGCAUUUGUACAUUUAUGUGUCAGACGGUGCUAGACGCGGUGCCCAUUGAGGAGCUCACUCCUUUUUUUGCCAAGAUUGUGGAAAAGCGACUCAUCGCGGCUCGUAAGACAUCUAGCACACACACCAGCAUCUGUGUGAUCCGGCUAUGGUGUUAGUGUGAUUCAUUGACAGGAAAAGGUGUGCAGCUUGAUGCGGGCAGACCCGCAUUGUCCGCGGUCCCGCAGCAAGUGAGGCGACUCUUGGUCGGCAUCCUAGAGGACCCCAAGGCGGCUGAGCACGCCACAAAGAUCCUCGAAAGCCAUGAUGUGCUUGAUCAUUUUGGGCUACCAAGACCCCCAGCAUAGACACCCCGAACCAUACCAACAACACAUUCAUCGAGUUCGUCACUCUGGUGCGCGUGAGGCAGGGAGGGAGGGAGGGAGGGAAGGAGUGAGACCGCACCGCAGCCUAGCAAUGUGUGACCACAUCUGUCUCUCUUCUCUCUCUGUCUGUGGGGUGUGUGUGUGUGCAGGAGGUUGAGCUGGACGAGGGCGGUGCCAGUGAUGAUGCAUCUCAGAGGCUGUGUCGCAUACCCGCCUGCUGCUGCGCGGCGACAUAUCGCCUGCGGCCUCUGUUCAAUGCGUCGGCCCUCACGCACCUCCACCACCACAACGGCCGCAACAAGAGCAGUAGCGGCCAAGAGAGGCAGCAGCCCGUACAUACGGACAGCUGAGUGAUAAGUAGGGCUGGUUAGUCGCUGCCUGCCUGCAUCUUAAGAUAUCAUGUCAAGGGGACGACAGACAGAGAGAGAGGCUUGUUGCAAGUGAAAGGAAGCAUUAGAGUGCUUUAUCAGUGAGUGCCUCACAGACAGAGAUGGUCUUCUGUGUUGAGUCCUGCGUGUGUUCCGUGCUUUUCAUCCUCCCGUUGUGUCCUUGGGCUCGACGUUGUUUGUUUGGGCUCUUCCAAGCUCGAAGGGCCGUCCAAACCGCGUCAUGGCCAGAGGGGACAACGUGGGAUGAAGAGCAUGAUACCAUUGCCAACCAAGUGUAAACGGAAGACUCAGGAGAUUGACGACCGAUUAUCAUUCAUUAUCGUAUGUACA